AAGAUGGCGGCCUAUCCCGGGUCGGGCUACCAGAGCCCCCCGACCAUCGGCCGCACUGUAGAUCGCAUCUUUGAAGACGCCCAAUUCACCGGAGAAAUACACUUGAAUGGCCGCAAAUUAAGGGAUUAUCCAAAGAUUUGCAGCAAAUAUGAUUUAAGUGACACAACCUUAGUUGAUAUCUCCAGGAAUCGUUUAACAGAAGUUCCCCAUGAAGUGUGUGAAUAUUUGUUUGUGGAGAAAAUCAACUGCUACCACAAUGUCAUACGUACUAUAUCUGAUUCUAUACAACAGCUGCAAGUUCUCACACAUCUUAUCCUGAGCCGCAAUCAACUGACAACACUGCCACCUGCCUUGUGUAUGCUGGGUGCUCUGGAAGUUCUCCAUGUCAGCAACAACAAGUUGGUGUCACUGCCGGAGGAGAUCAAGCACCUGAGCAGCCUGAUGGACCUGGACGUCAGCUGUAAUGAACUGUCUCAUCUACCAGUACAAAUAGGAGACUUGUCCUCUCUGCGCUGCCUCAAUUUGCGGAGAAACUUUCUCGUAGAGCUGCCUGUUGAAAUCUCCCGCCUUCAGCUGUACAAGUUGGAUUUCUCCAACAACAGGAUUGAGAAAAUCCCAACUGUCUUUCGCAAAAUGGAAACACUGGAACAGUUUAUUUUGGACAACAAUCCAUUGUCAUCACCCCCAGCAUAUGUUUGCAUCAAAGGAAGGCAGCACAUCAUGAAAUUCCUGCAAAUUGAAGCAAUCAAGGAAGACAGGAAGAGGGGCAUUUUGAUGGGCAGUGAUUCAGACAUUAAAAAGUUUGCCAGGAAAUCCUUGCCACCUCAUCAGUCAUCUGAUGAUUUGAAGAACAUGCUAGGAGCCCCAGAAUCCAAGUGGAAGAGGCACACUGUGCUCAGCAAUGAUUCUGGAUACAGCACCGCAGAUGGGUCCGAGAGAAAUGGCUGGCAGAGUGGGGAGAUUUAUCCACUUAGUGAAGAAAACAACAAUAAUUAUCAGCCGGAGAUGUUGAAGAAAUACAAGGGGGAUCACCAUCAUCAGACAUUUUACCAAAGUUAUCUGCCCCACCAUCAGCAACAACCGGACCAGUCCCAGCAGCAGAAUCAAACCACAGUGUCCAAUACUGGUGGCCAUAACCUUGCCACACAGCCAAGGAGUGCAAGUGCUCUACAUCAGCAUUCUAUCCCAUCAGCCCAACAAGGAGACACUUACCCAGAACCAGCAAUCCCUGGAAGGACCUCACCUGCUCAUGUAUCAACUUCCUACUCACAGUACCUCCAGCGCCAGUACCCCCAUGAUCUGAGACAUUCACAUUAUCGCCCUCAUAUCAGCUCGUCGUCCACUUCCCACCCGCACUCUUCAGCCAUGUACAGCUCCUCAUCUUCAUUGGGCACGUCCAAUCGUCAGUCUCCUAGCCCAUCCUUCACCCAUCACAGUUCUGACAGUCAGACAGUAGGCCACAAUAACUCAUUCACUGGGGCUGACUCCAGCGGCUCUCUCACCAGACAGAGAAGCAACACUAGUUUAUCAGAUUACCAGUCCAGACAGUACGCAAGUUCAACUGUUCAGACAGCACACAGAGCUUACUCCCCUGCUGUCCUAACAAGAUACAGACCAGACUCUCCAACUUUCCGCUAUGGGAACAGCAAACCUGCCAAGGAUUAUCUAACUAAUGGCUCGCAGUUACCACUAUCUUCCCACUCAACAUACUUACAUCAGAGAGAAUCUGUAACACACGAGAGAAAUAUCUAUCAGUUGCCUAGCCGAUUAGAGAGGUUUGGGAGAGAAAGCUCGUCGACUAGACCACCGAGUCCUCCUAGGAUAAUGUCCGGUGAUAUGGAGGAUGAAUUUACCAGGGAGCUGAAACGACAGAAGGCAGAAUACGAGCGGAAGAAGAAACAAGCCGAACUGAUUAGGGUACAGCAAGAAGAGGAGGAGGAAGAGCGAGAGAAGGAGGAGAGAAGAAGGGCAGCAUUAAAACUACAGGAAGAGCAAAAAGUGGUGAUGCAGAAGCAGGAGGAGCAGAGGAGACACGGUGAGGUUCAGAGGCAAGAAGAGAUAAGGAGACAAGAAGAUUUGAGGGUGAUUGAUGUGAAGAGAAGGAAGGAGGCAGAAAGUCGAAAGAUGGAAGAUGAGAUACAGCAGUUACAGGACACAGUCAGAAUUGAAGACGGAGAGGAAAUCAGGCAGAAAGGAGACACAGACAAGCGAGCAGAAUCAAAACUGUUGGACAAGAAAAACCUCAUCAACAAUGGUGUGCUUGAGAACUCUCGCCAGUCCAGUGCCUCCACUACUCCCUCAGUGUCACCCAGUCCCAGCCCCAGAAACUCGGUGUCCCACCUGGCCAAACCCAACAGUCCCAGCAGCUCCACCUCCCAUUUGGCCAAGCCCAUCAGCCCCAGCGGGUCCACAUCACAUCUGGUCAAGCCCACAGGAACCAAAUCGGCUGUCCCGCGAGCCGCCAAUGGACCGGCAGGCCCAGCCCAGAGCCAGGCGGUGCGGAAAACAAAACUGGCUGGGGACAGGUCCAACACAGCAAGUCCUGUAACUGCCAGGUCCACUAGGACGGUGGCACCAGCUGGUCUCAGAGCACAGGGGUCAGGGCUGACAUCAGCGCCAUCCAAUCUGAGGAGGAGCAGCAACAGCAGCACGGUUGAUGAUGAGCCCAAGCCCAGGAAGGGACCAACUGUGGCACCAGCAGAGACUUCCCGACUGAAGGCUCACCACGAGGAGCAGAACAAGAAGGGAACACUUCUGCACAGUUCUGCUGGCAAGAUGCAGCAGAAGUCUGAUCAUCCAGCAGAAACUGUAGACACCAACAAGCGGAUCAACACUAGACCUCCGACUAGCACCAACAUCUACGGCUUGAGCAGGGGCCGGCCAGGUGGUCCAAAAACUCUGGAAGACUCCAGUUCAAACUUUAGCAUACACAAGAAGGAAGAAAAGGAAGAGGCUGAACAGAUGGACAGACUGCGACAGAUGGUUGAGUCGAGGCUUAGAGUGACAUUACCCGACAAUCUGGCAGAGGCUUUGAGAGAUGGUGUUGUACUUUGCCACCUGGCCAAUCAUGUUCGACCUCGGUCAGUUGGGAGCAUUCACGUGCCCUCACCUGCAGUGCCAAAGUUAACGUUGGCCAAAUGCAGGAGGAAUGUGGACAACUUCCUGGAUGCUUGUAGGAAGAUUGGGGUGGAUCAGGAGCAACUUUGUGGACCCCAAGACAUCUUUGACGAGAAGGGCAUCUCACGGGUGGCAAUCACAGUUGCUGCCCUUGUCGCUGUCGGCAGCAACCCCAGACAAUCGGCAGUAUGA